UGAUCAACCAGAAGUGCAGGCACCUACUGUGACCAUUCACACUUCACCAGUUGAGCUCGCACGACAAGCUCGAUCGGCAGCUCGAUCGAGUCCAACUCUAGCUCGAUCGAGUCCGACCUCUUCUGUCCGACAGCCUGUUUUGCUUGAUCCUUAUCAACCGGUUGCCGCUUCCUCGUCUCGCCUACUUAGUCAAGGUCACAAGGAAGUGAUUCACAAGUUCAGAAGAGAUCUCAGUGGGAUUGGAAUUGAGUUGCCUCCUAUGGAUAGCAUGAGUGAGGCAUUUGAUCAAAUGCAAAUGGUCAAGGAUGUUCUAGCCAACAGUGAUAAAGUUUCAGAGGUCCUACAAGAGUCUACUCAUCAGUUCAACCUGCUUACUUCACCCACCUUCCUACCAAAGGUCAAGGAUCAAGGGAAAUUCACUCUCCCUUGCACACUUGGGCAUCUUGAGAUUGACAAUGCCUUAGUGGAUUCUGGAGCAAGCAUCAAUCUGAUCUCUCUCUCCAUGGCAGAGAAGCUAGGCAUUGCUGGAGCCUUGCAGCGCCCUACUACUUCAAUCAUGUUUGGAGAUGCAACUUCUAAGUCUCCUCUUGGAGUGUUCAAGAACUAUCACUUGAAAAUUGGAGAAUGCAUCAUCCAAACUGAUCUCACUGUGAUGGAAAUGGAAGAAGAGAAGGAUUUACCUCUGUUAUUGGGAACCCCUUUCCUUAGUACAGUUGGCGCUUCAAUAGACUUUCACAAGCAAGAAGUGAUCCUUCACAAGGUGAAUAGUUUGGUGUCAUAUCGCUUGCAGCCUAGAGGUUCAGACUUUUGUGCCACAAUUGACAGUACCACUCUCAGUUCUAAGAGUCAUGGAGCUACAAAGGUUGUGAAGGAAAGGGUUGACAAGAACCAAGAGUUGGGAAGGAUAAGGAUGAGAGAGGACCAAGGAUUGAGAAGCCACGUCUUGAGAGGGCUAGAGUUGAGAAACCACGUUCUGAUAGACCAGAGCUGA